GUUUCUGUCUUGGCAACAAAUGGGGCACGUGGCUGAGGCAGGGGUAUAUAGCACCCCAGAUCGGUUGACAGUCAGACAGGAACCGAGCUACAAGAACUGCUUCACGAAAGCCAUUUGUCUCUGAAAGACGCAACCGUUUACAUCUUAACAUUCGCCCUGGGAGAUUCACCAUAAUCACCAGACGUCAGACAAAUUGCCCUUUAAAUCAAGCAGACGACAAAUCAAAGUCGACCGUUCCACACAUCAGCCUUGCUUAUCAGACGAAGAAGCACAGACGACCGGACAAUAACGAUCCUGCACAGUCAACGUGAUCAGCAGACGACAUUUGGAAACCGACAAAAGGGCACUGAACUCUAAACAUGGUUUGGUUGAAAAUUCGUGCUGCAGCUCAGCUCGUGCUGUGGGCGUCCCUCCUGCUCCUCCCCUCCAUGGUCGGGGGACACGGGCGUCUGCUGGAACCCCCCUCUCGAGCAAGUAUGUGGAGGCUUGGUUUCAAUACCCCACCAAACUACAACGACAACCAGCUCUUCUGUGGUGGUUACCAAAGACAGUGGGAACAGAACAAGGGGAAGUGCGGUGUGUGCGGAGAUCCCUGGGACGGGGUGCGCGAAAACGAGGCUGGGGGGAAGUACGCAAAAGGCAUCAUCGUCCGGAAGUACAACCAAGGGGAGACAAUCAAGAUUGACAUUGAUCUGACGGCCAACCAUAGAGGUUAUUUUGAGUUCCGUCUUUGUCCCCACAACAACCCCUCCACCCCCGUCACCCAGCAGUGUCUCGACACACAUGUUCUGAAACACCCUGACGGUAGCACGCGCUUCUACGUCACCACGUCACGUGAGGGCAAAUACAAUAUGGAGGUCAUACUUCCGGCGGAAGUGUCGUGUUCUCAGUGUGUCCUGCAGUGGAAAUACAACGCUGGCAACUCUUGGGGAUGUGAAGCAAGUGGUCACUGCUGUGUUGGGUGUGGACCUCAGGAACAGUUCUACGGCUGCGCAGACGUCGCGAUACUCUCGUCUAACAGUCAGGUGCAAACUGUCUAUGUAGCGCCAUCUGGCGGUGCUACAUCCGGGUGCUCAGCUAUCGGACUCUGGGCAGGAGAUAGCCGGAUAGUCAGGUGGUGCAAGACGAACUGUGCCCAGGGUAACUGUCCCACACAGAUGUGUUCUGAGGGUUGUCGUUCCCUUGGCAACCAGCAUAAAUAACUUUAAUGCUCCGAAAUUAGGGUAUUGGACGAUGAUGUAACGUGGUCUUGUGAAAGAAGUGCUCAAUGUAUAUACCAAGUGUUUUUAUUUUGAUAUGAUAUUUAUUUGUAUGAUGUUUAUUUUGUAAUAAAAAGUUGAUAAACA